AUGCCUUACAAGAUAAAUACAUAUUUUGCCGUAAUGGCGAAGUGUGUAUAUGAUGGGGAGCAACUUGGAGAUGGAGAAAUGCAGAUGGUUUCAUGGAGAUAUGCAGGUGAAAUUGAAGGAGACUCUUGAAUUCAAAGCGGAAUCACAGAACAUGUGUUACAGUUCGUCAGUCUUUGGGGAAAUGAGUUCUUUUGAGAUUUUAUCAGAAUUCGAAUUUUACAUCAGAAUCAGUUACAUUUUAUUUUAUCAGAAUUUAAAUUUCAGAUCAGAAUCAGUUAUAAUCGGGAAUGGUCAGAUUGAAAAAUCUUAUGGCCGUAA